UCAGUCGCUCCAAAAUCUGAGACGUCGUGUAACCUACGAACAGGCAUUUGGCAAGUGGGUUUAUGGUCGUAGGUAUGUCUUGUUUUACUUGAACCUUUCAAUACAGCUUACUAUCACACUAACUAUCAAAUACUGCAAAACCACGGCUUGA